CACGUCCAGGGGAGUCAAGCCGCGUCCGCGCAAGUCCUUUCUCCCUCACCUACUUGUCAGGCUGUCGCCCCCGAUCUCCGCAAUGGCGGAUCCCGGCGAUACCGCGACACCCGCCGCCGCCGUCUCAUCCCCGUGGGACGACGUCCCCGACGACUUCUUCCUCUCCGCCUCCAUCUCGCCCCCUACCCCUCCACCAGCCCCUGCUCCCAUCCCUUCCACCUCCCCUCCCGCUGCAUCGGCUCUCCGCUCAGCAUCCCUCCCGGUCACCUCCAUCCCUCCUGCAUCCGCCUCCGCUUCCUUCUCCGGUUCCCUCCACCGCGCUAUUGCCCCUCAGCCCAUCCACCCCAGCCACUCCCUCCCGGCCUUCUCGGCCGCUUCUCUCCCCGCGGCAGCCGACGUCUGCCCUCCGCCCACGGGCCCCCACCAUUCCAACUCGCUCUCGGAGUUCGCCGCUUCCGCAUCCCAAUCCCGCGUCCACCGCCCUCCCCCUCGCGCCGCGGUGCGCGCGGACCGCCCGCCCCCGCUGGAGCUGCGCCCGAGGCCAUCGAGGGAGUCACAGUCUGGCAUCGCCCUCUGUGCUCUCGCCUGCUGUGCUGCUCCUGGUGCCGGGACCUCCACUCACCUCUGGGCGGCGGGCGAGGCUGGCGUCAGGGUUUGGGACCUCGCGGAUGCCUUCCGAUCACCCACGCCUCCGCGGCGGUGGGGAGACGAGGCGAGCGCGCCCUUUCGGGAGUCGCGCAAGACACCGCCUGCAAUCUGCCUCGUGGCUGAUCCCGGCCGCGGUUUGGUGUGGAGCGGGCACACCAACGGGCGGAUCAUGGGUUGGGGUGCUGACCCAGGUCCGGAGGCCGGGGAGCGCAUUGGGUGGGAUGCACACCGUGGACCAGUAUUUGCGAUGGCCAUCUCUCCCUAUGGUGAUUUAUGGUCUGGAUCUGAAGGUGGAAUAAUUAAAGUAUGGAAUGGAGAAGCAAUUGAGAAAUCUCUUGCUUUAGAACGAGAAGAAAAGUGUAAGGCCUCCCUUUUAGUUGAAAGAUCAUUCAUUGACCUUUGGACCAUGGUCAGCGACGGAGGGGCCUGCCCCUUACCUUCCGUAGAUGUAAAACUUCUAUUGUCUGACAAUUCCAGAUCGAAAGUAUGGAGUGCUGGUUACCUCUCAUUUGCACUCUGGGAUUCUCGCACCAAGGAGCUCCUGAAAGUGGUAAAUGUGGAUGGCCAAGUUGAUACUCGUUUUGACGUCUUAUCUGCUCAGGAUCCAUAUGGCUAUGAAACAAAACAAAACCUUUUCUCCUCUCCGAAGAAAGAGAAAGCUCGUAGUCCUGUUAAUUUUUUCCAGAGAUCACGGAAUGCUUUGAUGGGAGCAGCUGAUGCAGUUCGGCGAGUUGCUGCUAAAGCAGGAUUUGGAGAUGAUACUCGAAGAACAGAAGCAUUAGUAAUGUCAAUGGAUGGGAUGAUCUGGACAGGAUCUGCAAAUGGCUCAGUUGCUCAAUGGGAUGGUAGUGGUAAUCGUUUGCAAGAGUUUCAGCAUCAUUCAUCUUCUGUUCAAAGUAUUUUCAACUUUGGCACAAGAUUGUGGGUGGGGUACAUGGAUGGCAACAUCCAGCUCUUGGACCUGGAUGGCAACUUGCUGGGGGGCUGGAUUGCACAUAGUAGUCCAAUUCUGAGUAUGGCUGUCGGAAGUUCAUAUAUAUUUACAUUAGCUGGUCAUGGGGGAGUCCGUGGAUGGAAUUUAUCAUCUCCAGGGCCUGCUGACAGCAUUUUGCGUUCUGAAUUGACGGAGAAAGAGACAUCAUACAAAAACAUUGAAUACAUGAAGGUGUUAGUAUGUUCUUGGAAUGUUGGGCAAGAAAAAGCAUCUUAUGAGUCACUAAGAGCUUGGCUGAAAUUCCCAACUCAAGAGGUUGGGGUAGUAGUAGUUGGACUGCAAGAGGUGGAGAUGGGCGCUGGUUUUCUUGCAAUGUCGGCAGCUAAAGAAACGGUAGGGCUAGAGGGAAGCCCAAACGGGGAGUGGUGGUUGGAUGCAAUUGGGCAAAUCUUGAAAGGCCACUCUUUUGAGCGUGUUGGUUCAAGGCAGAUGGCUGGGUUACUUACUGCUGUAUGGGUAAGAACAAAUCUGAAGCAUUUUGUCAGUGAUAUCGACAAUGCUGCAGUAGCAUGUGGAUUAGGACGCGCUAUUGGCAACAAGGGAGCAGUCGGAUUGAGGAUGAGAAUACAUGAUAGAAGCAUUUGCUUUGUAAAUUGUCAUUUCGCUGCACAUAUGGAAGCUGUGAGCCGGCGAAAUGAAGACUUUGACCAUGUCUUUAGAACAAUGACCUUUGCCACCCCUUCAAGUGGAUUAUUGACAACAUCAAUUUCUGGUUCUGCCGGUCAGCUUUUUCAAGCAAAUGGAUCAAGAAUGCCUGAGUUGUCAGAUACGGACAUGAUUGUCUUUCUUGGUGACUUCAAUUACCGGCUUUACGAUAUUUCGUAUGAAGAGGCGAUGGGGCUGGUUUCCCGGAGACGCUUUGACUGGCUGAGGAAGAAUGACCAGCUGCGAGCAGAAAUGAGAUCCGGGAGAGUCUUCCAGGGAUUACGUGAAGGAGACUUCCAAUUCCCACCUACUUACAAAUUUGAGAAACACAAAGCUGGCUUAUCAGGGUAUGAUUGUAGUGAGAAGAAACGCAUUCCUGCCUGGUGUGACCGAGUUCUAUACCGUGACAGCCGAGCUAGUUCAGGAACUGAGUGUUCUUUGGAUUGUCCUGUGGUUUGUUCAGUAUCACUGUAUGACUCUUGCAUGGAAGCAACGGACAGUGAUCACAAACCUGUAAAAUGCCUGUUCAAUUUGGAUGUUGCACGUGUCGACAAACAGACAAUGAGGCAGAAAUAUGGGGAGAUAAUGAGUUCGAAUAAGAAAGGUUUGCACUUGCUUCAGGGGCUAAAAGCAUUCCCUGAAGCAAAUGUGAGCACCAAUGACAUCAUUCUGCAAGACCAAACUCCCUAUGUUUUGAAGCUACAAAACAGAAGUCCAGAAGACAGGGCUUGUUUUGAGAUAACUGGCCAAGCACCAAGUUCCUCUGGCUCAGAUUCUGCUGGUUUCCCUACUUGGCUCAAGGUUUCUCCAGCAGCUGGUAUAAUCUGCCCUGGACAGACGGUAGAGGUCACUUUGCAGCAUGGAGACCUGCGUGGAACAUCGUGGAAUAAUUUGUCUGGGGCUAACCAAGAAAAGGCAGCACAGUUAUCGGUGAAAAUAACUGGGGCGUGUUCUACCGUUGCCAAAUGUUACGGAGUACGUGUGCAAUGCCAGAAGGGCCGGAGCACAUUUCCUUUCAAAAGGUUCUAAAUUUGUUGAUUGUUCUUUUUUGUUGUGCGGUCGUGAGUUGUGAGGUUAGCUUUUAGUUUGAUUAAAGUGUGCAUAGAAAAUGUUGUGGCAAAUGUUCUUAUUUGUGGUACCGAAGUACAAAACCAAGGCUUUUGUACUCUCGAUAUUCCAGGACAUUUUGUACAGGAAAUUAUUGAAAUCAUGUAAUACCACUGAGAGGAGAUCUAAUUUUUUACCCCGGGGUUGUGAUGCGGGCAUGCGGUUA